GAGUUUUGCCAAUUUCUUGUCGAUCUGAGUUGACUCGGUCAAUAUCAACCGAGUCAACCCGAGUUAACUCCAAUCCUGAUCAAACAAGUGAUUCAGAUGUUGGUAUGGUACUGAUAGCUGCCGUUCCGGUUGACUCGGGCGAGUCAACUCGGAACCGACCGAUAUGGCGAACUUGGCUGUUGCUUUGGCUUAUUUAAAGGGCUUUACGUUUGUUGUAACCAGCAAACAAUAAGAAAGUUUAGUAAAAGAAAAGUAGCCUCCCUAGUCCUUUAGUUACUUCAUUUCUGGCCUCGGGAAGUUGUUCGUCUUCCUCGUUUGUUCACAACAGCGUUGCAACUUGUUUUCGAUAUUUGAGGGCCUACAAGAGUUACAUUUCUUUCAGGCUCUUCCUUUCUUGAAUCUGUUUCCAAUUCUUUCUCACCAAUGGAGAAAGUUGCACUAGUGAUGGUGGUUUCACCUAUAAUGGAACAUCUAACACAAGCUCUAGAGUUGGCGAAGGUCAUGCUUCAAAGAAACAAUCAACUAUCAAUCACAGCCCUUAUCAUGAAAAUGUCAAUUGACCCUGAAGGCACCACCAAAAUCCAGUCUCUGAUCGCUAGCACCAACGUCGAGCGCCUCGACUACCAAGACCUUCCAACUCCGGAAGAUACCUCUGACUGGAAUCACACACUCUGGCAAGGCUUCUUGCAGCAACUCAUUGAUUAUCAGAAAAUUCAUGUAAGACGAAUAGCCUCAAAAAUUAAUCAUUUAUCAGGAUUCUUAUUAGACUUGUCGUGCAUGGCUAUGGUUGAUGUAGCUGAGGAGCUUGGAGUUCCUACCUACUUAUUCUUCACCUCUAGUGCUGCUUUUCUUGGUCUUGUAUUACAUUUUCAAUCCCUUGAAGAUGAGGAUCAAAAGGAGAUACCGGAGCUUGUGAAAACUGGGAUGGACUUCACUGUCCCAUGUUUUGCCAACCCGGUACCAAUCACAGUGCUACCAAAACUAGCAAUCAUCAAGGAAUAUUGGUCAAGCGGGGUCCUGUUAUUGGUUCGUGCAUACAGGAGGACAAAAGGCAUUAUAGUGAACACCUUUGCCGAUCUUGAAACUUAUGCUAUUCAAUCAUUUUCAAUCAAAUCUUCUUCCUAUGGUAACUCAAAACUGCCACCAAUUUAUCCUGUUGGGCCAAUUCUGAGUAGAUCCCAAAUCAAGACUCAAUCUACAAAUGACAAUUCAGAACUAAUGAAUUGGCUGGAUUGUCAGCCUGAAAAUUCUGUAGUUUUUCUCUGCUUUGGAAGCUCGGGAGCUUUCCAGUCAGAUCAAGUGCACGAAAUAGCAUACGGCUUAGAGCAAUCUGGGUAUAGAUUCAUUUGGGUUCUUCGUCAGCCACCGGCCAACAUUGGAGGAUUGGCCAGGGAGUACGAGAAUCAUGAACAUGUUUUGCCAGAUGGUUUCUUGAACAGAACGGCUUCAACUGGAAAAGUUGUGGGAUGGGUUCCACAAUUGGAUAUUCUGUCACACCCGGCUGUGGGGGGUUUCGUGUCACAUUGUGGCUGGAAUUCAGUAUUGGAGAGUAUAGUCUGUGGGGUACCCAUUGCCACUUGGCCGUUGUACGCAGAGCAACAGCUGAAUGCGUUCCAAUUGGUCAAAGAGUUAGGAAUUGCUGUGGAAGUCAGUCUGGAUUACGACCAAUCGAACCCAGAUGAAGCUUUGGUCAGAGCAGAACGAAUUGAGAAAGGAAUACAGGAACUCAUGGAUGUUGACAAUAAAUUGAGGAAAAGGAUCAAAGAAUUUAGUGAGAAAAGCCGGCUAGCAAUGGAGAAAGGUGGAUCGUCUCAUUUGGCCUUGGACAAUUUUAUAGAGUAUAUCUGCUCUAACCACCAUCAAGUGUCGCAAGAUGAAAAAAUUUGAGGAUUUUUUCUGUGACCUUAUAAAUCAAA